AUGACUGUAGUAGUCGUUGAACCUCAGCCAGUUGUUUACUACCAAGAUCCGAUACCGACUUACAUAGAGCCAGCUUAUCCGGGAACAUUCAAAUAUGGGCUUUUCGAUACUUGCUGCGAAUGCUGCAUUCAUCUCGAGAUGCUCUUCUGUUGGUACCUUAGAGUUCAAACGGUAGCAGAGUACUUUGGAAGUUCUGGAAUUGGAUGGUGCUUGCUAAGCGUCUGUUUUCCUUGGUGCACAAUUGCCUUUCAGCGACAGAAAGUCAGAGAAAUGCACAUGAUUGAAGGACACUUAUGUUCCGAUUGCGCUGUUGCUACUGUAGCCUGCCCUUGUGCGCUCCUCCAAAUUGAAGGAGAAGCAAACGGCUUUAUUAAACCUGCUUGUGGAGGAUGUUGCGGCGGUGGCCGUAAUGAUGAUACUUCUUGCUUGCGAAAACUUUGCUGUUGUUAUCUUUGCUUGAGGAGACUCAAUGGAGGAAUCGAACCAAUGGAAUAA